AAUAUCAUAAUUUUUGACUACCGGUAUGUAUUUAAUCCGGUUUCGGCAUGAGAAAAGUAUUAAUCGCAAAUUCCAGCACUAACGGAUACCGGGAAAUAAAUAAGUAUUAAUCGCAAAUUCCAACACUAACGGAUACCGGGGAAUAAAUAAGAGAACCGGUCACGAAUGCGGAGCCACGCCCUAAAAUAACAUGUGACCACAAGGCGUUUGUGACACAUUCAUGCGUUCCAAUAUUGUCAUAAUUGUCUGUAGGUUCUAAAUUGCUUAUGAGCUUGGCUGCCCUUCAGAAAGUAGCUGAUUCUUGUACUCUACAGCUGUAUUUUCCUACAGUUAAUAAUAAUACUAGCAACAAAACAGAUUUCAUUCCUUAAAAUGAUAUUGCCAGAUGGAAGAAAAUAAUAAGAGCCUUGUCCCAGUCUCUAGACCUGCCUGUCUGUGUGAUGGAUGACCACCUGACCUCUGAAGCUGUCAAUGAGAUGGAGCAGAGCAAUUCUACCAGGAGCAGAGCAACCUCAGUGAUGGAAACCACAGAAGAGGGGAAGCUCAACAAUGUGGAACAUCUGACACUUAUGGACUUCCUUCAAAACCUAACUGAGAAGCAAUGGAGGGGGAUUCGUGAGGGCAUGUUUGACCCGCUGACAAAACAACAGCUUGCCGGCUUGUGUCUGAGGAUUGUCCAGUUUUUAUCGGACAAGCUGAUGCAGAUCAUCAUCCCAGGUCUUUACGAACUACUGGGCAUCCAAGAUGCUGCCUCCUCUCCAUUGUCACAGAGAUCUCUCACAGCGUCACUCACCAGUCUGUUAGACGAUAAGACUAACACCAAGUCCCGCGUGAGAUUUACUGAGGCUGGUGUACCUAAGAGGCCAGGCAGUCGAAAGUCUUACAAUAGCUUUCGCAUCCCGACUCCCUACCCUUCCUCCAACUGUAUGGAGCAGGAAGAGGAAGAAGAGCAGGAAUCACAACUUAAGUUCAAGGAGAUUUACCUGACUAAGGGCAGUGGAAGCUACCUGCCCAAUGGGGCCAUGAGGUAUGUUCUUAAAGGGAAAUUUAACAACUUCAUAUUCAUCUCCAGCAUCACCAUAUGUGAAAAUUACACAUUUCCAUGCUUUGUAGUAAAAAAAAUAUAGAGGGACGUAACUGUUUCCAAUAGUGCUGAGAAAUUAGUGCUUUUUGAGGUUGGUUUGGUUUCGAUUCAAAUAUUUAAAAAAGAAUCACGGUUUUGGAUUUCAAUACUUUUUUUAGACAUUGAAUGCACUAUGGAUUAUGUGUGUUGAAUGCUGUAACAACACAUAAUAAAACAAUGAAUAAAAGUCCCAUGAUGGUAGUGACUGUCCAUUACUGUUUAUGACUUAUCAACCAUCAUUUACUUUCUCAUAUAAAAUAUUUAUUUGAUGACUUUAUUAUUUCAUUCCAAGUCAUCAACUCAUCUCUAUAGAGCUGCUGCUUAUCCUGUCUGACAAAAUCACUAUUUUAGUAGUUCUUCAAAUUAAAUAAGACCUACUUUUAUGACCUACUUUUAGAUCA